UUGUUCAACUAUCUUGGGCAGAGGCUUUUUUUGGGUAAAUUAUUUGGGAAAAGGCUUAUACAAAUACAAAAGCGAAAUGUCCGAAACCCGUAUCCGUUGAAUUCGGGGGCCCAAAAGAAAACACCCACUUCGUUCUUUCUCGAAUGGAGUUUCUUUUGUUUCAGUUAUGAUUGAAAAAACGAGGGUUUAAGGUUGUUCGCCUCUUUCAUUUGGUUGUAACCAUUGUCUCACGUUUCUGCAUUCUCUUGCUUCUGGUUUGUGGCAUUGGGUUCUACCAGACAUAUUCUUAUCACUUAUAAAUAAUGGAAAACUCAGAUAAAUGUCCGUCAAGUUUAUCCCCACUGCCGCCAACUCCAGUAAUUGCAGAAGAGCCACAGACCAAGAAAGCGAAGAUGUCUACCACAACUUCUGAUGAUGAAGAAUGCACAGCUGCUGCAGGUACCAAGGUAAGAUACAAGCGCCGUAAGGUAGCUAUUUUAUUUGCAUACUGUGGCGUUGGUUAUCAGGGUAUGCAGAAAAACCCUGGUGCAAAGACCAUUGAAGGUGAAAUAGAAGAAGCCUUAUAUGUGUCUGGAGCUGUCCCUGAACAGGAUCGCGGAAUGUCUAAACGGUAUGACUGGGCUCGGUCAGCUAGAACAGAUAAAGGAGUUAGUGCUGUUGGCCAGGUUGUCUCGGGUCGGUUCUACAUUGAUCCGCCUGGCUUUGUUGACCGCCUUAAUUCAAACCUUCCAUCUCAGAUACGGAUCUUUGGUUAUAAGCGGGUGACAGCUUCUUUUAGUGCCAAGAAGUUCUGUGACAGGAGGAGGUAUGUCUAUCUCAUCCCUGUGUUUGCUCUUGAUCCAUGCUGUCAUCGUGAUAGAGAGACUGUACUGGCUAGUUUGGGGUCUGAAAAUGAGCUUGUUAAGUGUUUGGAGUGUUCUGAGAGAGGCCGAAAGGUGGAAGGUUUGGUUGGUAAUAGUAAGCGCAAUCUGGAGCUAGAAGCUAUGGAUGUUGAGACCACAGACAAAGGUGAUGAUAAUCGUUCAAAUAAAGAAUCCAUUAAUGACAACGAGGGUAAGGUUUCAGUUGAAGAUGUAAACUCUAAAACUAGUUUCGAGACUGUGGUUUCUGGUCAGGAUGAGGUUUCUCCUUUAAAUGGUGGAUCUGAGAAUAAUUCAGCUGUUCUCGAGGAAGAAAAAGUGAACGGAGAGGAUACACCUGCUAAACGAAGUGAGUUUUGUUAUGGUGAGAAGGAGAGGGAGAGAUUUAACAAGAUUUUGAAGAGUUAUGUGGGAACUCAUAACUUCCAUAACUUCACGACCAGAAUAAAACCCGAGGAUCCUUCUGCUAAACGUUUCAUUAUUUCAUUUGACGCAAGCAACACUGUUGUAAUUGAGGGCAUGGAAUUUGUGAAGUGUGAGAUUGUGGGACAGAGCUUCAUGCUUCAUCAAAUACGGAAGAUGAUGGGGCUUGCCGUGGCAAUUAUGAGAAAUUGUGCACCAGAGUCACUUAUUGAAAAAGCUUUGCAAACGGAUGUUAGCAUCACUGUGCCUACUGCCCCUGAGGUUGGAUUGUAUUUGGAUGAGUGCUUCUUUACUUCAUAUAACCAGAAGUGGAAAGAUACCCAUGAAGAGGUGUCAAUGAAAGCAUACGAGAAAGAAGCUGAGGACUUCAAAAUGAAGUUCAUAUAUUCUCAUAUUGCUUCCACGGAACAAAAGGAGGGAACUGUUGGCCUAUGGUUGCAUUCUUUGAACCAUAGAAACUAUUCAGAUCUGCGUGUUGUUGAGGAGGAAGGUGUCGCAAAUGAGAAGAAAUCUGAAAUUGAAGUUGUGGCUGAGUGAACUAUUUUCCGGCUGGUCAUUGUAGAACUCAUUCUUUCUAAUCGAUUUAUGUUUUGCGUUUGACUAUUUCAGACUUGUUAUAUCGAUACAGAUACGCAUCCUAUGCAAAUUAUAGGAAAGAAAUGGCAUUUUUGUGUCUAUUUUCGGUAGACACUAGGAAAGGAAAAUGAAAGAAACACCUUAUGAUUUACAUAUUAUUAAUUAUUCUAUCCUCAUUCACCUGA